CAAGCUGCACGCCUUCAUCUGGGACAGCGCCGUGCUGGAGUUCGAGGCCUCGCAGAAAUGCGACCUAGUGACCACCGGGGAACUUUUCUUCCGCUCGGGCUUCGGCAUCGGGAUGAGGAAGGACAGCCCCUGGAAGCAGAACGUGUCACUCGCCAUCCUCAGUUCCCACGAGAACGGCUUCAUGGAGGAUCUGGACAAGACGUGGGUUCGCUACCAGGAGUGCGACUCCAGGAGCAACGCGCCCGCCACUCUCACCUUCGAGAACAUGGCAGGCGUGUUCAUGCUGGUGGCGGGAGGCAUCGUGGCGGGCAUCUUCCUCAUCUUCAUCGAGAUCGCCUACAAGCGCCACAAGGACGCCCGCAGGAAGCAGAUGCAGUUGGCGUUCGCCGCCGUCAAUGUCUGGAGGAAGAACCUGCAGCCGUACCCGACUGACAUCACCGGUCAGAUCAACUUAUCGGACCCCUCCGUCAGCACCGUGGUCUGAACGCUGCGGCCACGCCCACCGCCGCACACAAAACCCCAACACACACGUACACAAAACACGCGAGCACAUACCAGUAAGUCAUUUUAUUUUGCUAGCGUAAGUGUUCUAGUGUUUCCUGGUCAUUUCGGGCGGAGUCAGUGGACACCGU